UGGGUAUUAUGUAUGGUCUCGCGAGAACUCACGAAGGUUUGUUGUCGUCUCCUUAGUGACCUGUCAACAAUGACGUCACACGCACUUGUCUGCACGGUAGCCAUUUUCUAUUUUGAUUGAUUGAAGGACUGCUAAGCCGCUGACAGCUCAAAGAUUAUUCGCAAAAACUCGAAAGAAUUUCGAAGAAAUAAGAACAAUAGCGUUUUGGGAGUAUUAACCGUAUCAUUUCGAGGUGGAUAUCAUUAGGAUUUAAAGGAUUUACGAAGGAAUAAUCUAUCUAAUUGAGCUUUAGUGGCACGCGAUCUUACGGAGACAGGUACACUGUAGUUACUUUUAUUGACUCGGAAAAUUUAUGGACUUACCUGUCGGCAGUGCAUAAACCUGCGUUCAGUUGGGCUUAUAUAACAGCAGGAAGACUGUGACAUCAUUAUACUACCGUGAAAUUAGCUAAAUUAGCUACCGUGUACCGAAGUACACGACAAGCAGACGGCAACAGCUUUUAAGGGUUCUCCAGCUUAUUUCCAUACUAUUACAUUUAGAAAAGUCUAGAACUAGAAGUUGUUCCCGAAAAAAUGGAUAGAACAACUUCAGCUGGUUAUCGUUUUCCAAUAACUCAAAAUCGUUCCACUAGUGCUUACCACGACCGGUGCAUACCAACGGACUCGAAGGUCCAGACGAACUUCGCCGAACCUUCCAAGGCCUACUCCAAUGCCGACUACGAGAAGUGCGACCAAGUGACCCAGGAUACGAUCUGGAAGCAGAGUGUGGCCAAGGAGACCACUGGAGCUAAGCAGUGGAGUGAAAACUGGGGCUUUUUGACUGAGUUUGACCCUAAGGGUAACCCAAAAGAGAAGGAACCUCUCCCAGAAACAGCCACUCGUUUCUCUGAUAACGUCCCAAACACAAACUCUGGAAAUUACGGCAGCAGACUGAAUACUGACCUCGGAAAGAGGAUGCAAAAUUUGGAAUUCCAGUUUUAUGCCGAAGGCAGGAAGAAGAAGCUAGAUGGAGAUAUUAUAUGUUAUUAGAUAUGCACUUUAAAUAUUCAUUUUAUUUGGAAGGACUAAAAAAAAUUCUGAGAUGGGGCAUUAUCCAGAAGUGAUAUUUUGGAUCCACUUUAUAUUGUGAUGUAGGGCCAAAAGUGGUCCAGUCAAGACGUUGUGUUUGAAGAGGACCUGAAAUGAGUUUGGAUUAGCACGCCAUUAGUCUGAAACUCAUAAAAACACGUACAGGCUUGGUAUAGAUAUGCCAGCCACAGUUGCAGAGCUUUAUCCAGCUUAUCUUGGGUCAACAACUUAGUGACAAUGAUUGCAUUAUGUUGGAGCCCUUCUUACAUGCCAAAGAAAGGGGAGCAUCCCCUUCUCCCCCCCCCCCCCCUCCGAGUCCCAUUAUUAGUCAUACAAAAUGGUGCAAGAUGGAUAGACAUGAUAUUGAUGUUACCUAACAAAUGGAUUGCGAUACAGCUAUCCAGUAUAAGAGCAAAGGAAUGACACGUAUUCUUCAUUUGGAUGAUUUAAUUCAUUCCACUUUUUUAUCUGACAAAGGUAAUUUGAUCCUCACUCUGUCAAAAAUAGGAGGAUGAGUUUGUGCUGAAUGACAAAGAGACUCGAACAAAGACAAUUAAUUGUUCUGGAAUUGCACUCGGAUUUUCGAUGGUUAAACUGAGGCAGCUGUCUGUGUAUUGAAGUUGCCUUUACUAAAAAGAGAUAUCUCUGUCAAUUACAGGGUGUAACAAAUGUACUUGUGAGAUGUGCUUUUUUCACUAUAAUUUAGAAUUCAGACUAACUGCUGUGAUGGUCUCUUGUAUACUGACAAAAAAGGAAAGCAUUUCUGAAGAAAUGUAACACUUCAAAGGUAGAAUAUUUUUGGUCUCUUACAAAAAGGUGUAUUUUUUUAUCAAAAAAAUUAUAUUGACAGAUUAACAGUAAUGUACCUGUAUUAGUCAUUGGAACAUACUUUUUAAGACUUUUCAAAUUAAUAUAUGGCAUUGAAUUUAGCUGAGCAAAAACAUGAGCUGACCAAAAAUUCUGGGCAAAUACUGAUGAAUCAGCAGUCAUUGCUCCAUUCAUAGUGUAAGGUUGAAAUUUUUUUAGUUUUUCAGCAUGUGAAAAAUGGAAGAAAAAAAUCUGCUGUAAAUUUCAGUCUCAUCCAGACUGUUAAACUCUACGAUCUGUAGGAUUGCAUUCACACUUUGUUUACUGCUAGGGUAAAUUUUUGCUGGUUUUCAUGUAUAGUAUAUUUUGCUGUAUACACAUUGUUAAAUGUUUGACUGCUUUAUUCAAUGUGAGUA